GAGACCUCCGGGCUUGAACUCCUCCCUUCCCCAAAGAAACUAUGGAAAUCUCGCGAUGACACGGCAAGCAAUCAUCGCGAGAGAGUUUUAAGUGUCGAGCGCGCCGUUCGACCCGCGCGAGCCUAUAUUGAGCACUUAUUAGAGUCAAAGGAAUUACAACAUGGCUACAGGAGACUUGAAAGGAAACCUACGUAAAAUAGAGCAAGGACUUCGGCAUUUAAAUUAUCCUAAUGAUGUGGAUUAUACGGGUUUGGCAAAGGGUGAUCCAUCCGUAUUUUUGCCUAUCAUCAGCUAUUGUUUUACAUCUUUCUCAACACGUAUAACUGAACUUCUGGUUGAAUCCGGUGUGGAACUAACAGCAAAGAAUGAUUUCCGUUUUAUUGAAGCUGUUUAUAAGCUUCUCCGUGAUGAAUUUCAGUAUAAGCCAAUCUUAUCGAAACAGCAAUUCCUCCAUUAUGGCUUUGCAGAGAGAAAAAUACAAAUUGUUUGUGACAUUAUUAGUUUGGUCUAUAAAAGACAUAAAGAACUAAGUAAUGUGAGUAAGAUGAAAUCCCAAGCAAAAAAGAGAGCCUCUUCUAUUAAACCACAGCAGUAUGCAAACUUUUCCAAUCAGCUUGAAUUUACAACUGUAUAUGCUACGGAUUUUCAACAGGGUGUUUCACUUACAAAAGAACCUGAAGAACGUUCUAGGAAUUUAAUUAGCACAUGUAUUUUUGAAGAUGGCUUCAGGGAAGUAUUGGAGGAAGGCAAAACAGAAGCUGUCUGUAUGGGUAAUGGCUUGGAUCCAGUGGCUGAUAUGUUGGACAGUGUAUAUGAACAGGAUGCCCCACUUACAAAGAAUCCUGAAAUCGAAUGUUCUAGCAGUCUAACUUGUGCUUGUAUACGUGGAGAUAAUGUCAGAGAAGUUUCGGAGGAAGGAGGAAACAAAGCUGUCUGUGUGGCUUAUAGUUUGAACAGUGGUGCUGAUAGGUUGGGCAAAGAAUGCGAACAGAAUAUGAAAGAUAACAGUAACAUGGAAAAACUAAAGAGCCAAAUUGUUGAACUAGAGGAAAAGCUUAAUAAACUAAAGUGGGUAGAAGACAAGCUUCAGGCUUUAGAAGAGAAACUGCAAGGAAGGAUCAUUGUUGAUGAGAAAGACUGGAAUAAUCUAUUGAGCCGAGUCCUGCUUCUUGAAACCCAACUGUUACUUCACUGCAAAAAGGUUGAUUUAUCUAGAGACUUAAAUAACACUGAUGAAAAAGAUAUUUCCGCCAAUAAUGUGACUUCGGUUUCUCCAGAUAGGAAAAAGGAGGACCUGCCAGAUAGCCUUCACCAGUCAUCUGGAUACAGUUCACAGUUAUCGGCUGAACCAUCUCCCAAAGCCACAGUCAUUAAUAACCACGGUUUGUUAGAAUCUUCAAAAGAUACAACAAUACAACGAAUGGAAAGAAUAAGCAAAAUGAUUGAAGAAACCUCGGAGCUGUUGAAGACCUCAAGUAACACCUCUUAAGAGUAUUCUGCUUUACGCAGCCAGCUAUCUGAAAGCAAUUACAUGGGAUGCUGCCAAGAUACAGCCAAGAUGGAACCUGAUGAAGCCCAUCACAUGACAUAGGGCUACUUCCCGUGGGGCUUUGGCUCAGCAACAUCUCAGCAGCAUGUUCAGAGGCUGCCCUGAGAACAUGGGCAGGGAAGGAGACAACCUAAUUUUGAACUGCAGCAAGAAGAAGAAAGCUGCUAACGGUAUGGAACUCAUUGCUCAUGUUGCAGCCCAGCCACUGAUUUGACAUCUCUGCACCCAAAAUAACACUUGGUCAACACGGAAUCAGUCAACUGAGUUAAAGUUUAUUGUAAAAAGAAGUGCAAUAUAGAAAAAGCUAGUUCAAAAAUACAUUCCAAAAUAAAAGCUAGAAAAGUCUCUUCAAAGUAUACAUAAAAAGCAGAAGCAUGAAUACAUUCCAAAUCCUGGUUUCAAGGAACAUUCCAAAAUGAAGGUUACAGUUGUAAUGUUCUUGAUGCAGCAAAUCACACAGAUCACUAUAGAAAGUUAAGCCAGCAAUCCACAGAAUUUAGUCUAGAAACUAUAUCCAAAAUGUGACCCUCUAAUUCAAAACCAGGAAAAAAUGACGUGAAAGCAAGGCCCAAAAUCUUCUAUCCCAGAGCUGAUCAAAACAGGAUAACCUUCUCUUGAAAAUGCAAAGUUGCUCUCAUAAAGAACAACUCACAAAGCUGACUUAAGAAACCAACUUGUUUCCAUUGGGACACUAAUGAUCUAUCACCUGGCAUUUUGUUUAUCUUUUAUACACUGUGAGAACCUUAAUUACCUUUAGCUCGUGUUAUCUUGCCUUAACUUAACACGCUGAGAUAUAGCUAACAACCCACCCUCUCUCUCCUCCUUUGCAUUAUUUCCAGGGUCAGGCUGAGCCUCUGGCUGCGUUUCAUGUGAAAGAUUCUCACCACAAUCAGAUCUGUCUGUGGAGCAAUUCCCAUCAUCCUGAGAAGAAUUACUUUCUCCCCGAGACUUUACAUAAAUGGUGGGCUCCCAUUCAGACUUUACUUCAAGAGUAUCAGGCCCCAUCACCAAAGCACCCCCCCCUCCUCCUCCUCAGACCAGGCCUCAACAGCUCAGAGGAAUAGAGGAAGCUACAGUAUCUGCCAGAUGGACAAGAUGAAUCUGAAUGUGUGCUGUCUUUCUGUUAUUGCAAAAGUUCAUCAAGAAAACAGAUUGAUGUGGACGAAGCAACAUCGCAAAGAAGACCUUUAAACAGAUUACCUUGGACUAUGAAGCCCUGGGCAGGAAAAUUUAGAGGCAAUGCAUUUGAAUAGGUGUGGAAUUCAACUACCACCAUAUAUUAUUCUGAUUUCCUGAACAAGUUGAAAUAAAUUUACACAGGAAGAGUGAUAUAUGUUUUGAAAACUCUGAAAAUGCUUAUGUCCUCAUUGCUGAUACUGAUAUAAAUCAAUUCCAUGUGA